CGCGGAACCUCGACUUGCCAAAGCUCACGUCUUGCACUGCACUCGGCGGGUUCUACAUUCUCUGUACUCAAUUGCACCUUGUGACCAUGCGCCCCCUCACGACACGCACAGCGCACUUCUGUGCUUCAGCGAUCCCGCUCGCGCAACGCAGCCAGUCCCUCGCUCGCCCGCUGCAUCACCGCUUCUCCAGCUCCAAGACCCCGGCCACCGAGAAGCUGUCGCCGCGCUGGCUGUCAGACGUCCGCGCGCGCAUCGGGAAGUGCAUCAUGUUUGGCAUCAACGACGCGCAGACGAGCGAGGCGGGGUCUAUACUGCAAGAAGUGACGAGCGACUGGCGCGAGCUGCUUGCGGGGAGCGAGGGCUUCUUGACGGGGCAGGAAUACAGAGGGUUGUAUAGGCAGGAAGUAGUAUGGGGCGAGAUGGACAGUAUGGGCCAUGUGAACAACGUCAUGUACAAUCGCUACGCGGAGUCGGCGCGCGUCAACUGGACGCUCAACUUUGCUGCGCAGGACCCAGCGCACAAGAAGGCAUGGCUGGAGUUGAUGUCGCCCAAGAGCAUCGGUUUGAUCUUGAGGAGCAUCAAGACGGACUACAAAUUCCCGAUGAAGUGGCCUGAUAGGGUGACUGUGCUGCACAAACUUAGGAAUAAGCCGGAGCAGGGCACCGACCAUUUCAUCCUGGACGUCGUGAUCCUAUCGGAGGCGCAUCGCCGGGCGGCGGCACGCUGUAUCGAGGACAUUGUAGUCUAUGACUACAGAUCAGCGAAGAAGUCUCCACUGCCGCCCUUUAUGAUCGACAAGUUCAAGAAGAUAUUUGAGCUGCAGGAGCAGGCAAAGGAGGGGAACAGUGCUAGGGUGCGGCAACUGCUGGCCCGCGUGCGGGACCUGGAGAAGGGCAGCUGGGACAGAGCAGAUGCAGUUGAAGACCUCGGUAGUGCAGCGAAGCCAUAAGCAGCAAGCCGCAAUCGUGAGAUGAGCAGUUCUUCGCACCGGGCUGCGUGGCGUGAUCCUUUCCGCGGUGAUCGACUUGGCCGCCUACUCGUUCUGUGUUUCAUCGUGGCCUUUUCGAGAGAUCUGCACGACCGUUGCGCGCGUGACCGUGCGAGUUUCCUCAUCUGUUUGUCGCACGGCAUGCUGAUUGGCGUGGUCGC